AUGACAAAUGUAGUGACCAAAAAAUUCUGGAUAUUCGUUAAGAAUACCCCAAGAGUGACCGCUGUAAAGGUUCCGAUUACUGAAACAGCAGAGACCAUAAUUACGGCAGCUCAAUCUAGAUAUGGACCAGAAAUUUCACAAUAUCCCUCGAUCGAGUUAACACUUGUUGACAGUGAGGGUAAAAUUGAUAAACCAUUUGAAAUCAAAAUAAUUGAUAGUGAAGGUAAUUUUGUGGAACAUGAAGACAUUCAAAUAUUCGUAUUCGUAAAAGACAUAUACGAUGGUGAUUAUUACCCUACAGCUUCAAUAUUCCGAAAUCAAUAUGAAGUCGACCAAUUCCUCGGCUUAAACCGUUUCCAAUUAGUUGAUCGUCAUGGAAAGCUAACUGAUACUUCAGUUUUAACUCGUUGGUAUAAGGAUCUUGUUCAAGAUUCAUAUUAUAUACUCGUGUAA